AUGUUCCUGCCGCUGCUGUGGGCUGCGCUGUGGGGCGGUGAGUGGGGUACAGGGUCGCAGGCUCAGUCCCCUGAAUACUGGCUGCAAGUGCCGAAGGAGGUGAGGGUGCCGGAGGGCCUGUGUGUGCUGGUGCCCUGCUCCCUCCGGUACCCCCAACACGACUGGGAUGAGUCAACCCCAGCUCACGGCUACUGGUACAAGGACCACUGGAUCUUGAUGCGGGACCGAAAGGACUACAGGGACCUGGCGGCCACAAACAACCCGAAUAAACAGGUUCCACGGAGCACCCAGGGCCGAUUCCAGCUGGUGGGCGAACCCGGGAUUUCAACUGCUCCUGCUGAUCAGGGCGGCGGGGUGGAGGACAGCGCCCGGUACUUCUUCCGCGUGGACAGGGGCGAGAGCGUGAAGUACAGUUUCUUUGAAUUCAAGUUCAAGCUGGAAGUGACAGCGCCGACCCCGCAGCCGUUCCUCUACCUGCCGGAGACCCUGGAGCCCGGGCGCCAGGCGGCCAUCGUCUGCGUCUUCAACUGGACCUUCGAGGGAUGUCCAGCCCCUGCUUUCUCCUGGAGGGGGGCCGCCCUCUCCGCCCCAAGAAUCACCCGCAGUUACCCGCACUUCUCCAUGCUCACCCUCACCCCACGGCUCCAGGACCACAACGCAGCCCUCACCUGCCAAGUGGACCUCACAGAGGCGCACGCGGAGAGGACUGUCCAGCUCAGAGUGGCCCACGCCCCCAGAGACCUGACUAUCAGCAUUUCCUGGGCAAACACGUCAGCACCGGAUCCCCACGGCCAGGGCGCGCAGGCCUGGCGUGUGGACGCGCGGGAAGGCCAGUUCCUGCAGCUGCUCUGCGCCGCCAAGGGCUGGCCCUGGCGCUGGCGCUGCCCCGGGUGA